AUGCGAGCUCGGACGAUACAUCCUCUCAGAGUCCUCGUGCUCCUUGCAUGCAUGGACCUGCUGCUCAGCCUGGCGUUGGACUUUGAUGGGGACGCAGCAGCCCUGCGAAAGCUGCUCGAUGCGAACCCGCCCAGGGUCAGAUUCCCACACAAGCUCACGUCUGUCACAGAGCCCUGGGUGUUCCAUGGCAAGAGCGUCUUUGAGGGGUGCGAGGACCAGGUGCUGAAUGGCGAGACCCUGUGCCAUGGAGGCGCAGGGAGAUUCGAGGUUUGCAAGGGAAAUGCAGCUGCCUUGUAUGAGCAUACGUGGAGGUUGACCAUACAUCGUUCCGUCCACGAGCUCAUGAUCAACGUAGGAGGCGUCGCUGUUCAGAGCAUGUCCAUGUCUCAGGCAAGUUUCAGCGAUUGUGAGCUACAAGGGCACGGGGUAGGACCGGCGCGAUGUUCUAGAGCUGUGUUCAGCACGGAGCAGUCAAGUUUCCAGCGAUGUAAGAUCCGCAAUUCUUUGUUCGCCAUCUUGGGAACAGACUCAGCGAAGAUUAGCGUCAACGAAUCAAGGAUUGAGAACGUCAGCUAUGCCCUCGGGACUGACCAGAACACAAGCAUUCUCGUAGAGAACUCAGUGAUCCGCGGCGUGAAACUCGGGAUCUGCAUCAGUGGAGAGUUGCGUCAAGCAUCAACGCUGAGGAUCGCAUCGAGCACACUCGACGGGCCGCUGUGGUUCGGCCAUGGGCGACCGCUCCAUCUCGACCUGGACCACAACAACUCCAUUUUCAUCCCUUCAUACGAGUCAAGCAUGCAGUGCUACAAGAACAGGAAGGGGCCGCACGAGCUCCUGCCUCCUCCGACGCCGGAGAAUGAGCAGCCAGGGGAAGCGCCGGGGUCGAUGUUCGACCCUCCUCCCAGGCUCAAAGAUAUCCGCGGAGCUACCUUCUUCCCCCGGGCCGGGUCUGCCGCAGUGCUCCCGAUGACCGCAUGGGAACAAUUGAGAUCCGAUCGCUGGGACACCGGGGCGGUGAUCGGGAGGACGGAUGGGAAGGGUCUCCAGGAACAGUGUGGAGGAGGAGAUAGGGAGUGGUUGUAUCAUCAACAGGACCAGAAGGCCAUGCCGCCAACGAAAGUUGUGAAUGGACCCACGAACUCAAGUGCUGGGAACUCACGUUCAGCUGAACCGUCGCAAGAGAUCAACGAGGACCUGCUGCUCGUCACUGCAUGGCUGAAGGUGCAAGGGAGUCCUAGCGGAGACGUGCUUCCAGUUUUCUCCACCCUCGUUGAGAAAAUCUGCAAGUUCCCCCUCAAGACAGUGCAAACGAACUGGUUGACGAGGACAGGAGCAAUCAGACAUAGGGCGUUUGAUGUCUUGAAGCACGACCUCAACCUGAUCUGCCAAGAUCUCAUGGAGAAGAACAGCAGAUGCGGCCCCGUAGGCGAUGCAAUCCGCAGACAAUUUUUUGCAGACAACAUGGGCUUCUUCUUCAUCAUCAAGUCACCCACUCCAGAAUAUGCAGGGACGUACAUCAGGCUGCGGCAGUUCAUACACAACUCAAAACCCAUCUACAAGAAGGAGCUCUUACCUGUUUUGUAUCCCGUCCUGGUCUACCUUACUCUUGAGCUGAUAGAGUACGAUCUUGAUGGAACUAAGGUUGCUGCUGCUCAUGCCCUGCUGGACCUGGCCAAGGACGAUCACUACGAGCAGCAUCGAGAGCAGUACCUCCAUCUUCGCGGGCUUUUCAAGUGGGACCACGUGUGCCAGAGCAGGAUCUUCAAGGAGUACUACACGCCGGGGGUGCAAUCGGAGGUUGGAAGGGCGUGCGGGGGGCUCAUGUGCUAUCACGCGAAGGAGGAGUGCCGGAAACACUUGGUCAACAUCUUCAUGCGCAUGUUUUAUCUUCGCAUGAAUGUCCUAGUCAAAGGAGACGACGCGCUUCACAGCGAUCUGGAGAAGCCCAACCACUGGUCGCCCGAUCAGUAUCUCGAGUCUACGUUCCUUCCUCUCUUCCCUAAAAGUCAGUCGGGCGCGUCAGGGUCAGCAACCGACGGGAAGGGAAAAGCUAUCAAGGACCUUCCUUCCUGGGACGAAGUCAUAACAAAGCUCUCUCUCCUCCAUCCUCCCCUCCUGCACUAA